UGGGACCCCAUCCAUGUGACGUCAAAAUUGAAGGACCAGACGCGGAUUUCGCUCAAUCAAAACCAAAACACCAGGAGCUUUUGUUCUACUUUUGUACAAAAACAGACCAAAAUGCCCAAAGUAAAGAGGAGUCGGAAGCCACCUCCAGACGGCUGGGAGCUCAUUGAGCCCACUUUGGACGAGCUGGAUCAGAAAAUGAGAGAAGCUGAAACAGAGCCUCAUGAGGGGAAACGAAAGGUGGAGUCCCUCUGGCCAAUUUUCAGGCUGCAUCAUCAGCGGAGUCGAUACAUCUACGACCUCUUCUACAAAAGGAAAGCUAUCAGCAGAGAGCUGUAUGAGUACUGUAUAAAGGAGGGCUAUGCAGACAAGAACUUGAUUGCCAAGUGGAAGAAGCAGGGCUACGAGAACCUGUGCUGCCUGCGUUGCAUCCAAACAAGAGACACCAACUUCGGAACCAAUUGCAUCUGCAGAGUCCCCAAGAGCAAGCUGGAAGUCGGACGGAUCAUUGAAUGCACCCACUGUGGAUGCAGAGGAUGUUCUGGCUAAGUGCAGUUUUUGGACAUCCGGUCUAUUUUCUGUUGGACAUCGGGACUCACCCAGCUUCCCUCUGUGUACUCUCACAACCAUAAUGCAACAUUGUCUUUAUUUCAGCACUGAUUUCUUCCCAAUCAUCCUCAGCUGCCUUUUAUAGGGGUCAGUAUUUAGUACUGCUCUACUUUUCAACACAGGGGAGCAAGGGAUUAUACAUCGAGAGGGUCCAUAUUGUACUAAUUACAUUUGUUUUCCAUGUCUGUUGUUUUUUUUAAUACCUAAGUCAAUCCCUAAUCUCCAAAAACUCAGUUUAGGAUGUUUAGGUUAGAUGUUUCUGGAUUAGGCCCAUCAUUACAGCUGUGAAGGGUAUUUUCAAUUCUGAUGUAUUUCAUUUUAUUUAAAGAGAACUGGGAGGGGAAGUUUUUUGUCUUUAAAAUGUCAUUGCUUCAAACCUGAAA